GUUAGCUUAAUGGUGUGGAAGGCCACACUGUAAAUGAAAUAAUACCAACAAAAUCACUGCCUUUCUCACACUGGCCUCGUAUGAUCGUGUCACUGUAUCGUAAAAACUGAUUCAUGUUAUGAUUGACAGGUGUCCAAAGGUGGCCUGCCCCUCCUCCUGUAUUAGAGCUGGGGGCUUCCCUGGACCCUGUCACUGUGGACCACCUUAUGCUCCUGGUGACCGGGAUGGAAUGCCCUCUGUACGAGCUGGACCCUUUGGAGGUACCACCCCUCACCCCCACCAGUAAAGAGGUCCUGAGCCAGGCGGUGCGGGCCAGUUUUGCCGGCUUUAACCAGGAGCGACUCAAGCUGCAGCUCCCACAAGACCCCAUGCUGUGGUCUGAGUGGGAGGUGAACCACUGGCUGGACUGGUGCCAGGCCGAGUUUGCCCUGCCGUGUGUGGGGGCAGAGCUGCGGGCGCUGGGGGGGCCGGAGCUCUGUGCGCUGGAGCGGGACACUUUCCUCAGCCUCACGUUGGACUGCAACACCGGGGAGAUCCUGUGGGAGCACCUGGACUCUAUGAGGAAGGAAAAUGAAUAUGAGAGCUCUUCAUCAUAUCCCAGCGCAGUCAUUUACUGCCAAACGUCAACCAACAAAGAAAACUACUGUGACUAUGAGCGGCCGCACAAAUCGUUCCAGGUCCAGUACUGUCCACUGGAGUUUUCUGAACUGCACACACUGGAUCCUGUCAGUAUCUCCUCACAAGACAAUCAGAUGGUCAAGAGAGAGAUGAUGACUGCGCAGCUCCAAACUGUGAUAGAAACAACAGUAAAUGUGGAGUCAGAAGAGGCUGCUCCGUGUGAUGUGGACGACAUUGUUGUGGGCCCUCUGUCUUGGUCGGGUCAGCUGCACGAGUCAGACGAGUCCAUUGAGGAGGAAACAGUAUUCGAGCAAAUGUUUAAUGUUUUCCAGCCACACAGGAGUUUCAAAGAAUACAUGGGCAACAAGACAGACCUGGGCCGAGCAGUCAUCCCUGCUGCUAUUCUCGCAGGAUACACAGGGAGCGGCCCCAUUCAGCUGUGGCAGUUUCUUCUGGAGCUUCUGACCGACCGCACUUGUCAGUCCUGUAUUAGCUGGACUGGAGAUGGAUGGGAGUUCAAGCUGACAGACCCAGAUGAGGUGGCUUUGCUGUGGGGCAGGAGGAAGAACAAGCCUAAGAUGAAUUAUGAAAAGCUGAGUCGGGGCCUGCGCUACUACUACGACAAGAACAUUAUCCGCAAGACGGCCGGCAAACGCUACGUCUACAGGUUUGUGUGCAACCUGCAGGGGCUGCUGGGAUACGAGCCCGGAGAGCUGCACGCCAUGUUGGACAUCAGCUCCAAGAGUCGCUAAAAGUCGCUUCUGAAGUUUAUUGUUGUACUGACGAUGUAAUACUAUUAGAUAUUAGUUGAUUUGAAUUAUGGGUCACACGCCAAAUUUGGAUGGCAGAGGAGACCAGUGAAUAAUUAAGGAGCUAAAAUGGACACAACUAAACAAAUUUUAUACUCCAUGCAGGUUGUUUGACCCUAUUUACAGAUGCACUUAACAUGGAUGGGCUCCCUUUAAGUGGGGGUAUACUGCAGUGAGUACUCAGGUGGUCUUAGAGAUUCCCUGCCAUGAGGGUUUUAGACCACAAAAGCAGCUGUUGUUGGUAAUGGAACCCAAUUGAUCUGUUUACUCUCAGCUUUCCCGCUCGACUUCAUACAGUAAUAUAAAGACACCUAAUUUAACACUGGUGGUGUACUCAGACUGUGUGGACCAGGGUCAGCUGGUCAAAAUGACAGUGCUAAUUUCAAUCUGACCUCAUAUUGUGCUCUUGGAUGAUGUGGUGGGUUUUGCUUUGGCGACUAAAAUACACCACAUUUUCAAAAAUUUAAUUGUGAAAAUAAGACAGAACACCGUUACAAAAACAGACAUCUAGUCAUUCUAAAACAGUCCAUUUUAUGUUGGUGGGUGUUGUCAUUUUUUUAGUAUAACAUGGUAAAGAUGGCACCACAUUUAUUUUUUUUCCAUUUUUAACACUUAAUAUUUUCUAGAGCGUUCAUCACAGAGGGUCAGUUUAAAAAUACAAAGUAGACAGCCUGUGUGGGGGAAGGUGUAUGUUCAAUUUCAAACCUCUGUCUUUGAAAUUGCACUUUCCACAGUCCUUCAAAGAUGCUCUCAGAUUUGAAAAGGAGAAUUUUCGAGCAAAUUCAAGCCCCGAGAAAUCUGUGAUAAACCAAAAGCACAUGUGUAAAAGUCCAGAUUCUACAAGCACAUGUGCCAAAUUUUAACCCUUGAAAAUUUGAAGGACCAACCUUAAAUAGUUUUUUAGAUACAGCAAUCUGAAAGUGGCUCCUCGAAAAACUCGGGGGAGCUGACAAAAUAUUUUUUAAUUCUAACACUAUAAGGAGUUGGGACUUUUCUUAUUGGAAAGUGCGUGAACCUCCUAGAAUUUUUUCAGUCAAAUCUGAGAUGGUCGGGUGGGGGCAUUCAGAGAUUUGGUGUGGAAAAAUACAAAAAUACGAAUCUUUUAGUUUGAAGUACUAAAAGAGACUUAACACAAACUUAAAUAUACAAACCAACUGCACCUUAUCACUGAUAUUUAAGGUCCUACCUCCAAAACUUAUUCACAGAGGUAGUAAUACUAUAAUAUAUUCUUUCUUUUAAAUGUAUAGUUACCAGAGCAAAUCUACCUCUACCUUCUUUUGUACUUGAACCUCCGCAAUCCUUAUUUGAAUAAUGUUACAGAACUGAAUACAGCUUUUGGGGUAAAAAUAUCACUUAUUGCUACUCCUAUCAAAAUGGACUGUUUGAAGAUUAUAUAAUUAUAUAAUUAUAAAGACUCUAUGUUUAUGAUGAUUUCCAUUAACUAAAAAAAAAAAAAAAAAAAAAAGCUAAACUGAUACCCCCUGUUAUCAAUUUAUUAAGGCCUGACACUAUGUCAACUUAUUGUUCAAUGCUGGAACUGUAUAUUUUGGGCUCAGUAUUUAUCGUGGGUACAGUCAUGGUGAGAUUUUUGACAUUUAUAUGUAAUAAAGUCAGAUUUGAGUGGUAGAGACAGGGGCGGAAUUAGCAAUUUGGGGGCUCUAGGCGAACUUGAGUUUGGAGCUCUCACUAUAACACUUUUUUUUUUUUUUUUUUUUUUUUUUUGGUUUAGGUUGUUUUUGUUUUAAAUAUGUUUACUGUCUGUUUUCCCCCAUUGUUCUUGAGACAUGCUGCACAUCUCUAUUUAUUUGAAUUAUGGUGGAUUGGAAACAUGUCUCAUUAAUAUAGCCUACUAGAAAACCAGAACUGAAAGUUGUUUUUUUUUUUUUUUUUUUUUGCUAGAACAACUACAUUUUUCUUUACAUCCACUACAUAUGAUUUUUUAUAAUUUUUCUUAUGAUUAUUGUUGAAAAGUAAACUACUCUCAUUUAAUGUCAUGUUGAGAGAAAAUCAAAUUGCUCUGAGGCCUCCAGGUUUGGGGUUGGUGGCUCCUCCAGGUUUGGGGCCCCAAGGCAGCUGCCUACUUUUGCCUAAUGGUAGCACCGCCUCUGGGUAGAUUAAAAUAAAUAACCUCUAACCUCUCCUUCAUUCAUUCUGCAAUUUAUUGUUUGCAGCCCAAGCUUUUUAUAUUAAUUAAACUGUUUAUUUAUGUGCAAAAUGGGUUUAUUGGCAUUACCUUGCUUUGUGUCACUACCAUAAAGUAUUUUCAACAUUAUAAUUUAUUGCAGUAUUUCUCUGUAGCAAAAAUUGUAUCAUCGUGACAGGGCUGAUAAUGUCUGUAUUUGAAUCAGUGCCACAUUUGUCGCUGAAGUACUUUAAAACACUUGAAAACACCUUUCUUACACAGUUGUAUUCACAUCGCGCCCCUUGCCGGCUGCUCCAUUAGGGGUCCACAGGGGUAAGUGGUGGAAAUAAUCCCCACUCUAAACCUCUAACACAUCCACUGACCAUGUGAAAUCUGAUUCUUGUUUGCUGUAUCUUACACCACACAGUUUAGUCAUUUAUGUGUAAAGAAUAUGCAAAUGAAAUCAGUAAGUAGUGAAAUAAUUGUAACUGAUUUAUUUUCAAUAUUGUGUGCUUGGUUGUCCUAACAACGUAAAAUGCUUGCCUAAUGUCUGCUUGUUUGGUCAGAUAUGUAUGGUAUAAAUUCUCUGCAGAGCUCAGCAUUUGCAUUGCCUGUUUGGAAAGUUCCAUGUGGUCUUUUAA